AUGGUCUGGCAUCAUGACACCGGAGUAAAUCCUGUCGCUUCUGGACCUCCACGCCUUCAGGACAUUCCCACACACUUAGAAGACUGCACCGCGACGCCGUCGUCAGUUAGCUUGUCAGAUGCCGGUCUACCGAAAGCAGGCCCGCCGAGCCAACUACGCCUCCCUCCAGACCCUAUAACACCAAAGACGGAAAGAUGCAGCGUCUGCUGUGCUCGAUGGGUCAUGGAUCUAUACAAAGGCAACUGCAGUCUAACUCUGGACGCCGAGCAGUAUUGGAUACAGGUCCCAAAUCCGGUUUUAUCGGAUCAACUAAGACCGCUCUCCCUGUCAUCCAUUCUUGUCCGUUGCUUGCAUAAGGUGCUUGCUGACCGCUCGAGUCGUAGAUUGCAACUGCCCUCACUCAAUUUUGCAUUUCUACAUCGAGACGGCUGUCUGGAAGCUACAUCGCUGUUGCAUGCCAUACCUCGUCACCCUUCAGCGACUGCUUCUAACUUUAGCUUGGAGUUUGUUGAUAUCUCGAAAGCGUUUGAUUCGGUUACGCAUGACAAAAGCGUCGGAUCCGCCGAGGCGUUUGGAGCAACGUCACAUCUGGUUCCAUACAUCACACAGUCCUAUGAGAAGGCUGCAGCAGUUUUCCCCAGUUCCGAGGUCCACUGCCACAGAGGUGUGAGACAAGGAGAUCCACUGUCCCCAAUUGAUGAGGCUCAUGAAUUGUCGAUGCCGCAACUGGGAUAA